GGGAGAUUCAGGUGUGUGUGUCCACUGUCCCCUACAAUUUUUCUGUUUUUUCUGAAAGUCUAACUGGUACUGUCUGUCCGGUAGUUAGGGAGGGAGAGAGACUGAAGAAGCUGCUGAACAAGGAAAAAAGGUCUCUACUUCGAGGAGCUAUAUACACAUUUUCUUGGAGGGAAGAUUAAGAUUGCUUCAACGACACCAUAAAGGAAUUAAAAAUUACAUAUGAAGAACUUUGACCCUCAUUUUCCCACAAGUUCAUCAAAGAAAAGUCUGUGUUGGUAAACAAGAGGAAUUUAUCAUUGUAAUCAUGUUGUCUUUUGGAGGUAGCUUUGUUUUGAAAGAUUCUUCUGUUUCUAUAAAGCCACAAUGCUCAACUUUUGGCACAAGGAAGGCAGGACAGUAUGGAAUUUUCAGGAAUUUCUCCAAAUUUCCAACUCCAACCUUCCAAAGCCAAGUUGAAGCUCCAAGAAAGAUUGAUCAUCAGCUACCUCAGAUCAAAAGAACAACAGGAGAUUUUUCUCCAGAUAGUAUGUGCGCAGUUGUUACAGGUGCUAACAAAGGAAUUGGGCAUGAGAUAGUUCGAAGAUUGGCUCUUGAAGGUGUGACUGUUGUAUUGACAGCUAGAGAUGAAAAGAGAGGAUCAGAUGCAGUAUCAUUGCUUGUCAAAUCCGGGUUGGAGAAUGUCGUUUUCCACCAGCUAGAUGUUCGAGAUCAAUCAAGUGCUGACUCCUUAGCUAAAUAUGUCCAAACCCAAUUCGGGAAGCUUGAUAUCCUGGUAAACAAUGCUGGGGCAUCAGGGGUUGUAGUCGACGAAGAUGGAUUGAGAGCUCUAAACAUUGAUCCAGUAUCUUGGCUCUCUGGCAAGGCUACCAACAUGGUGCAAGGGGUGAUGCAGCAGCCAUAUGAAAAGGCAGUGGAAUGCCUCGACACAAACUAUUAUGGUUGCAAAAGGGUCACGGAAGCUCUCUUGCCUCUUCUAAAGCUGUCUAAAUCAGGUGCAAGGAUAGUAAGCGUGUCUUCGCUUAGAUCAGAACUUAAGAGGAUCCCGAAUGAACAACUUCGGAGGGAACUGGCGGAUUUAAAAAAUUUAACAGAAGAAAAAAUUGAUAAAAUGGUAGAGAACUUCCUGCAUGAUCUGAAACAGGGGAUGCUUGAAGAAAACGGAUGGUCUCUCAUGCUACCAUCGUAUAGCAUCUCAAAGGUUGCAGUUAAUGCAUAUACUCGAGUUCUUGCGAAGAGGUACCCUAAUAUGUUCAUAAACUGUGUUCAUCCUGGUUAUGUCAAUACCGAUAUAAACUGGCAUACAGGGACUAUGAAUGUCGAAGAUGGAGCUAAAGGCCCGGUAAUGUUGGCUUUGCUAUCUGAUGGGGAGUUCACAGGAUGCUAUUUUGAUCAGACUAGAAUGGCAGAGUUUUAACUCAACCUUUUUGAACGAGUAACAGUUGCAAGUCCAGUUUCAUGAGAUUGUUUAGCUUAGUUACUGUUGGUAAUAGUCCAGAGUAGACAAUGAGGGAGGGAGUAGUGAACCACGAAGUCAUUGCAAUUGGUUUUUGAGUUGGAUGUCCACAAAUUUAACAGUUAAUCUCCAAUUUUAAGCUUCUUAGUAACU